GAGGGUAAAAGACAAAACGAAAAAAGAUAUAGAAAGUAAAACAAAAUAAAAGUGAAAGAGGUGCAAAGAAAAGAAAAAAAAUGAGGGCUUCGUUACUACUCCUGGGGGGCAUUAUCGUCGUUCUCUCGAUCGCGGUUGCGAGGGCACUAUCCUGUGUGUGUUCACCGCUCGAGUGUGACGUACUCACCGACGAGGAUUGCCCCGGAGGCCUCACCUGGGAUCCCUGCAGAUGUUGCAAAGUAUGCGCGCGCGUUGAAGGCGAACCAUGCGGGGGUCUUUUCGGCUUUUCCGGGAGCUGCGCGGUCGGACUGCAGUGUGUAAUCAAAAAUCUACUGCCUCACACGCGGGAAGUGGACGAGGGCGUCUGUGCGAAGAUACCAGGGAGAUGGCGAAGGCAUUGUCCAAACGGACCAGUAAUGUCCGGUCCUGGUUGUAACCUGGUCGGCGAUGGAACCUCGGACGAAAGCGGAAACGCGGUCGCGAGCGGGAAAUGCGUUUGCGGACCGUCCGUGCCCUGGUGUCCGGGCGAACCACGACCAUAUGUCUAUAUGACGCGGCACGAGUGCAAGCUCAAUUUGGCCGCGAAAAUUGCCUACGACGACCUCCUUGACUCCAAGGAUAGAGCGAACGUCGUGCCCGACGAGAGCAAGAACGCAACUGCAGCUCCUGACACACCUUCCAAUCGAACAAAUCAGAUUGACGUAAAUCUGAUGAAUAUCGAACAUGGAAAUAAACGACUCCUGCAUGGCUCGCGAUGUCCCGAGGACAGCGUGGAAAAUGAAAACGGCGAGUGCAAAUGCUCUCCGACGUGUCCUUCACCACCGGUCUGUUCUGAACCUGAACAACUUUUACUAACAAGAAAUGCGAUUCCUGGGACACCCGGUAGAUGCUGCCCACGUUAUGAAUGUCUUCCCUCAGGACAUCAGCAAGAUGGACAUCAAGAAGGACAAGAUCAGCAGCAAAGUUCAGAAAACGGUUGUCCCAGGGAUAGUGUUCCAAGUGAAGAUGAGGUAUGCAAAUGCGUACCUACGUGUCCACCUGCAUCUUGUAAAGAAGGUGAACGUGCCGUUGAGGUCAGGCGAGCUGUACCUAAUACUCCUGGUUCCUGCUGUCCUCUUUACGAUUGUGUAGCUUCAGAAUCCGUAUACUGGGUUGAAACGGAAGAAGGUAGCAACACCGGGAAUUGUUUCUUCAAAGAUGGAAUUUUCCGACGAGUUGGUGAACACUGGAAAGAGGAACCUUGUGUUAAUUGCACUUGCCAAGAGAAUGGUCAGGUAUCCUGUCAAGCGAUCAUGUGCAAAUCUUGUGCAAACGCAAUACCACCAGAUCCAGGCGAAUGUUGCUCUCACUGUCCACAACCAACGAGUUCGACGGAUGUCGAUGUCGAUAACAAAUCGAUUUGCAAAACUCCUUUGAUCGACUGUAACCUCAAUUGCGAUCGUUACUUAACCGACGAGGACGGCUGUCAAAUUUGCGAAUGUUACGAAUCAUCAAAGAACGAAAUGGUCCACACAACAUUCGAAAAGGACAAACUCUGUCCAGAAUUAUCACGCUGUGAACUGGACUGUGAUCUCGUAAAAGAUGAGAGUGGAUGUUCGAUUUGUGACUGCCAAUCAACAUCAAAUUCAUCGUCACCAUCAUUGUCACCUCAACGACACCAACAAAAUUCGACUGUUCCUUCGUCGAAUCGAACAUUGAACCAUCCAAAUGUUGAGAGUUUCGAGAAUGACGACAAUAAGAAAAUCGUCUGUCCCGAAGUAAAGUGUGAUCUUCACUGUGAGCAUGGUCUCGUGAUGGACGAGAACGAUUGCACUUUAUGCGAGUGCAAACCGCUUCAUGAGGACUGUCCUCUGUUCGUGGGAUGCAAGAAGAAAUGUAGAUUUGGUUACAGAACCAACAAACGCGGCUGUCCGAUAUGUCGCUGUCGUGCGAGUUGCAUCAACGACGAGAACGAACCAAUACAGGAAGGUGGAAACUGGCUACGAAACGCUUGCACGACUUGCACGUGCGAGGUAGGCGGAAGAGUAAAUUGCAAGGAGACCGUUUGUUCGGUGGCCUGUAGCGAUCCUUUACCCCCGGAACCGAACACAUGCUGCCCAGUUUGUCCGAUCACGGAAAUUGAGAUGGGUCAUCAGAGUAGCAGAGGUUGGGGAGUAGUACCAAUUACGCUGAUCGUCGUCCUGGCAUUGCUCUGCCUUCUACUGAUUACCCACAUCGUUCGUAGCCGUUUCCGUGGUCGACUGUCGCCAUCAGAUGCAAGCUAUUCCUAUCCACCACAAUACUACAAGUGCGUGCCUGCUUACGACACACCGAUGCAUCGAAACGAGAAGAUCGUGCCACUGUAAAAGACUGUUUUCGACGAUGCACAACAUCCCCGAUGUUCCUCGUUCUUAUUUCUUUCCACGUUUCUUAAAGAAAAAGAAAAAGAAAUUUCACGAGGAUCUUGGAUGUUGAUGCUCGUCGAGGGAUAAAAAAAAAAAGAAAGAAAGAAAGAAAGAAAGAAAGAAAGAAAGGAAGAAGGAAAACGAAAGAAGAAAGAAGAAGAACUAAUCCGGUUCGAUUUACUUUUUUUUUCUAAGAAAUCGAUAUAACGGAGUUGAGAAAUAAAUAGGACCUUUGCGAGUAGAUUCAGUAUUAUUCUUAAGAGACGAGCGAGACGUGUUUUUGAGGGAGAUCAAAGGGAAGAAAAAAAAAAUAGAAAGAGCGAUGUAUAAAAUGGGGUGAGGACAAAAAAGAAAAGAAAAGAAAAGAAGAAAAAAAAGAAAAGAAAAAGAAACAAAUUAUUCGACGACACCCCUUGAAUUUACUACUUACUCGAUCCCCUCGAAAUCUCGUUAAGAAAAAGGAAGAUGAAAAAGAAGAAGGACUAUUAAUAUACGGUAUCGUUUAAUCUGUAAAUUAUAAAAAAAAAAAGAAGAAAAGAAAAAACGACUUUAGCGUAAAACCGUCAUUGUAAGUGUGCUAACUAGCGUUAACCCUCCUAGCUCCUAACUUAUAUACAUAUACAUAUACAUACUGUAUAUAUAUAUAUAUAUAUAUAUAUAUAUAUAUAUAUAUAUAUGUGUAUAUAUAAUAUGUGUAUGUGUGGAAAGAGAGUACAGAAAAAUAGAGACGGGUCUCCAUCGUAGUAUUAGUUUCCUUGAUCUCUCUGGACCACAACGCGAUUAAUUGAUUAAUUAGUAUAAUUAAUAUUCGAAAAUCGAUUAUUGUAUGCAAAGUAAUUUUUUGUUCUUUUUCAUUUUUUUUUCCCUUUUCUAUUCGUUAAAAAUAAUGUGAUAAAAGAGUUUUAUAUCGUGUCUUAGUUUAUAUAACUCUUACAUUAAUUAAAUAAUUUAAUUUAAAAAUUUCUUACAAAAUUAUGACAAUUUUUCAUACUUUAUGCUCGAAUUUCAUUUUCAUUUUUUUUUUUUUUCUAUUCCCCUUCAAUGAUCUUCAAGAUCAUUCAUUAUUGCUUUGAACGUUACAUUGGCGAUCGUUUUCGUUUCUAUUAAUAAAAAAACAAAAAAGAAUAAAAAAGAAAGAUCGAAAUUCUCAUCUGAGAGAAAUAUCUCAGACAAAAUUCGAAGUGCGAAAUGAAAAAAAUAUUAAUCCUAUCCGAGGUCCAAUGAAAGAACUAACGAGUUGCGUCAAUACAUAUAUAUGUAUAAUCAAGAUAAAUCUUAGGUUAAUCCGUUCGUAACUGUGUUAUUAGAUCGUUCCUAUAUAUAUAUAUAUAUGUAUAUAUAUAUAUAUGUAUAUAUAUGUAUAUGUAUAUAUAUAUAUGUAUAUGUAUAUGUAUAUAUAUAUAUGUAUAUAUAUAUAUAUUAUAUGUUUAUUGCUACCUUCACUCUCUUAGCCAACGAGAUACAUUUCAGUGUGUGAUUCUCCAAAAAAGGAAAAAAAUAAGGUAAAAGGAUAAGCAUGAAAAGUGACGAAAGUGUACAUAUAUGAUAUCCUAAUUAAAAAAAAAAAAAAAAAAAAAA